AUGCCGCUGAUGCUGCCGCUCCUCCUGCUCCAGCAUGCGGCUCUGCCCGAGAUGAUGACGCGCGAGGAGCGGGUGCGAGCGCUCUUCCACCACGGGUACGACAGCUACAUGGCAAACGCGUUCCCGGCCGACGUGCUGCUGCCUCUCUCGUGCACGGGCAAGGACGGGUGGGGCAGCUUCUCGCUCACGCUGGUCGACACCCUCGACGCGCUCGCGCUGCUCGGGAACCGCACCGAGUUUGAGGCGCGUGUGUGGUGGGUGGUGGAGCACCUCUCCUUCGACGUGGACGAGACGGUCUCCCUCUUCGAGACGACCAUCCGCGCGCUCGGCGGCCUGCUCUCGGCCCACCUGCUGGCCGCCGACCCGCAGUUGCGCCUGAUGGAGGCGCCGUACGAUCCGCACGGCGGCCUGCUGCUCCUCGCGCUCGACCUGGCCGAGCGGCUGCUGCCCGCGCUCGACACGCCCUCCGGCAUCCCGUACGGCUCGAUCCACCUGCGCGACGGCUUCGGCGCGCUCUCGCGGCUGACGGGCGACCGCCGCUUCGAGGACGCCGCGCUCCGCGCCGCGAGGGCCAUCUGGCGGCACCGGUCGCAGCACGACCUGCUCGGCGCGCACGUCGACCUGCGGACGGGGGCGUGGACGCAGCCCGACGCGGGGGUGGGGCGGGGCAUCGACUCCUUUUACGAGUACAUGCUCAAGGUGAUGCCUUUCCCUGAGAACGACGUGUGUAACACUGACUGA